AUGGCGAACAAUUAUAAUAAUAUGGAUUGCAUAGAGUCUCUUGAAGUAAAAUUAAGUGAAGCUGACAAAGAGCAAAGAAACAAUUCAAGUUCUGGAUGGUUUCGUUCAAGAUUUGGUUUGCCAAUGAGGUCUCAAAGCAUCAUUUCCAGGAGGGCAGUUGAACACAGGCAGGAAAUGGUCCUGUGUCAACGGAAACUGAAGAGACAAAAUGGACGACGAAAUACAAGUUCUUUUGAAGAAAGGAUUCCUGCAGACGAGUCUUGUAACACAAGAAAUGGACGGUUCUCCUGGAAGUCAUUUAAACACUUUUUUCGAAAAAUGAGGCAAAGGCAAGAACGAUCUUCAUCAACAACAAGUGAAUCAUCAAAUAUUACCAUUGAUGUCGAUGGACAUAGGUUAGAAGAUUCUCCUGUGCUCCCAAGAGCAAUCUUAAGUGACUGUAUUUUGAACAAUACAGCUGCCGGAGAUGGCGAGGCCCCAAGUGGAUGCUUUCUUAUUAAGCCUGCUGUGAAAGAGAAUGGCUACUGCAUUCCACGCAUGAUACAUAAAGUUGUAAAUUGUAGUUGGUAUUGGGGAAAUAUUGAUCGAUUUGAAGCCGCUGUGGCUCUUCAAACAAAAGUAGAUGGCUACUUCCUACUACGUAAGAGUGCACAUCCAGACUUUUUGUUUACGAUUAGCUUCAAAAGAUUUCAUAAAACCAUGCAUGUAAGAAUCGAGGCUGGUUAUGAUGGGGUAGAAAGCCAAAAUUCAUUUGAAGAAACUAUAUUUCUUCCAUGGAUAAUGCCAGGAAGAUUCUCACCUACUUAUUCAAGUCUACUGGAACUUAUAGAUGGCUGCUGUCAACCAUAUGAAGGGAAUAUUGUUAGCAACCCCCCAUUGCUUCUGUCUCCACUAAACAGAAAAACAGCAUUCUCCCUAAAAGACUUGGCAAGAGCAGCAAUUUACAAACACUGCCACUAUAUGGAUAUUGAUUUUCUUCAAAUUCCUGAAGAACUCAAACAUUUUUUAAGGGAGUAUAGAUACAAAUCAAAGCUCAAUCCAGAUAUAUAGCCAGAACUUAUGCUUGCUUGAAGUUGCUUUUAUUAAUGAGCAGUAUAUGUGGAGCAUUAAAUUGUUUUGAAGGCAGUGUGUCCCAUUGCUCAUUGGCUGUUGUUUGCUGAAUUUUGAGGGUCCUUAAGAAAUUAGAAAAGCAUGACAAUUUAGUAAAACAGACCAAUAGCAAGUAAGAUACCUCCUUUUUUAUUAGAUGAAAACUCACUGAAAUGGAAAUUUUGUUCUUUGUUUAACUAAACCAAUGAACGGUGUGACAUACUGCUUUUUAAUGGCUUCCAGAGUUGGUGAACAAUCUCAAUGAGCUUGUAGAUUUUAUAGACCUUGUAAGGUACCAUAACAAUAAUGCGAACCUACUAGAUACAAAUUUGUGAAACACCUAUAAAUAAAGCUUUUGAGAAACCUGUUCUGUCUUAGAAAUGCACCUUUGAAUUUGCAUCUGGGAAAUUCUGUGUGACAUUUCAUCAUCUAUUUCUGCUGCAAAAUGAAACUUGUUUUGGUAUGCCUUUGUGUAAGUCCUGGUAAUAUAAGGUGUGCGAUCACACGCACAGGCCACCACACACGCCUAAAACUCCUGAGGUGAGCUUUCUAUCUCAGGCGCAGUUCCAUGUUUUGUAUUACCAUUCCUUUUCUUUCUUUUCAUUCCAUGUUUAUUUUCUCAGAGUAAUUUUGAAUUACUUUUGUGUGGGUUAUAUUGAUGGCAUUCCUGGAGGCAUUUAAACACUUUUAAGGCAUAGUGUCCAUUAUUUCUAUUUUAUAUGUCUUUGUUCUCUCUUUGUUCUUUUCAUAUUUUCUCGAACACAUUACCCGCGCCACUCUGUUUUUUACCCGAGCCAUUCUGUUUUGGUCAAAACGAUAACGUGAGUGUUUCCAUUACUACAUAUUUAUCUGUAGUGUUCUCAUAUCCUUUGCUUGACCUCUUUUUGAAACUGAGAUUGAAUGAUGCCGUGUUUGAAUGCCUCUAUCUUCACUGUUCCCCAUAAAAUGAUGCGUUUCCAAAUGAUUUUGUUUUUGGAUGACCAUUUCAAACAGCGUUUUUGAAUAACUUCGGUUUUCUAUUAAAUGUCUGAUUAGCAUUUUAAUGGAACUCAAAAUCCAAAACAGAUUCACUUAAGUCUGUUCUCAUAUGGAAAUGGAGAAAUGGCAACAGAGCCUUAAAAAACUUGUAUCCUUUUUGUUAAAUGGUUUUGUUUUCAAGAAACCUCUUCUCUAAAAUUCCAUAAAACUUUUUGGUUUUAUGAAAACCUCAUUUGCUUUUUCAAAAAGUGAUACACACCUUUACAAAGAUGACAUCAGGUCUUCAUUAAAAUUGUUAAGGUUUUCAUUUUAUGGAGUGCACCUCAUCGCACACCAUUGCAUGCCUAAACUUUUCAAGGUCUGCCAUUACCAGCAUGACAACAAAUUUCAUAUUACCAGGACUGAAUGAACUGUAGUUCAAUUUCACCAGUCUAAAAUUAUCCUCUCCCCUUGAAAACAGUGAAACUUGUAAGAGAUAAAUUUUUUUCUGUUGUUUGCUUCUGUGCAAACCUCUUUCAUUGUUGGCUAGACAGUUAAUAUUUUUUCAUCCCUGAAAAUUUUCUAACUGCUUUCUGCUUUGAAGAAUUUGAUCAUUGGUGAGCAACUGAAAUUUCUGAGAUUUCAGGCUGGCUGUUGGAUGGAUUGUUUUUUUUGUCUCAUUCUUUCCCAAACCAUGUAACUUCUACCGAAAAUAUCACUGCUGUGUAAAAGUUACUCAGCUCUGCUGGCUCCGCUUUGCUCUAAUCUAGUGGCAAUCUGGUAAAGUAUAAUGCUAGCCUUGCAUUAAUGUAAUUAAAAGUUGAAAUUGUCACCCAAGUAUGUUAUUUGUAAUCAACCAAGUUGUAGAUAGCUAUUGUAAAUGUGAAAAGAUUAGUUUUUGUUAAAUAUACCUCGUGCAAAUGUUUCAAUAAAUUGUUAAAACGUU